GGACGCGUCUGCCGCGGAGUUGCGAAGUUGUUGCUUCUUUGAGGCCGGCUCCUCCCCAAGCCCUCGCCCCGGAGCAGUGUGUGCGGCGGAGCAAUGCACUCAAAAGGCCUCUCGUGUGUUUGUCCCUUCAGGGUGACGAUUUAGGCUGGUCGGGGGGUGCAAGCUCCUAGGACGGGAGGAGAGAGCUGGCAGAUGUCGCAAGCGAGGGAACCUCUUCCCCUGGGGCCUGACGGGCCGGCGCCUGCAGCUCCGACUGAACGCAGCCUUCUGGUCUCGCUGCCUCGCGAAAAAUGUGACAAAGUGAAUACAGCUGCAGGAGAGAGAGACAUAACACCACCUUCCAAUAACCAAAGCAUACAACCAGAGAUACAAGACCAGUCUGUCUGGGGAAAUCGCACUGAUGGUGACCUCAUCAGAACACAACCUCAACGCUUGCCUCAGCCAAAUACUUCAGCAUUGGAAAAGAGCGAGGAAGAAACUGGCAAGAUACAGAAUGGUCAUGCAGGUCUGAGUAAUGGAAAUGGAAUUCACAACGGGGUCAAACAUGUAGCUACAGAUAACAGAAAAUGUUCAGUUCCUGUUUCACAAAAAAUGCACAGAAAAAUUCAGUCCAGCUUGUCUGUCAACAGUGAUAGCAGCAAGAAAAGUAAAAUAAGCUUUGCAUAUUCUCAAAAACCAGGUUCUUCUCCUGAAGAUUGCUGUGUUCACUGUAUCCUGGCUUGCUUGUUUUGUGAGUUUCUCACCCUCUGUAAUAUUGUUCUGGGACAAGCUUCCUGUGGCAUCUGUACAUCGGAGAUCUGCUGUUGUUGCUGUGGGGAUGAAAUGGGGGAUGACUGUAACUGCCCAUGUGACAUGGAUUGUGGCAUAAUGGACACUUGUUGCGAAUCAUCAGACUGCUUGGAAAUCUGUAUGGAAUGCUGUGGGAUUUGUUUCCCAACAUGAAAUAUUUGUAUCUUUUUUUUUAUUCUGUUUAAAAACUGGAGAGCUUUUUAAAAUACUUUUGAAGAUAAAUAAGGUAAGAAUCUCACACAGCAACCUAGUAUUUGCACUGUUAACUUGCUAUGUUUAAAGAAUCUUUAGAGAAAACAAAAAACCUGUACUCUAAAAAUGUUUUAUGGUUUAGUAUGUGAAAUUCUAGUUACUUUCCAACCCUCUUUUGGCUUUGCAAAUGGGACAGUUGGCUGCAAUCAACUUAAAGGCCUGAUACAACAGGCCUUUCUUGGUUAAAAUAGCAAAGUUUUUGGCCAGAGAAAAGACUGCAAAGUAGCCUAAAUAUUUCCCCCUCACCUACUUUAAUGCUUAAAUGCUUGAAUUGUCUUCCAUACCUAACACACUUCUGCAGGAGGUCUUGAAAGCAAAAUGUGUUUAUUUCAACCUACUUUAUGGUUUGAAGUAACCUUGGCCUAUUAUAUUUUAAAGUGAAUUUAAAAUAUGCAGUGGGAAUCUACAAUUGGUCUUGGUGCAGUGGUCACAUUGAAAUGUUUGUUCUCUUUUGAAAUAUUCCAUUGGUUUGAGAGAGAUUCCCUGUGCUUAUAAGGGUGAAUACUGGUAAUAGGUGAAAUUCCAGGCAUAUUAAGUCAAUGAGAGUUUUGUCAUUGUCUUUAAGAGGGUCAGGAUUUCACCCACUGUCUUCCAAACCAGAAGAAACUUUUUAUAUGGGACGUCUGUUUCCCUUCAGUAUUAAUGUUACUUGAAAUGAUCAGUUUUAGAACAAGGUUUUGAAAGCCUAGGUAAACAUGAAACAUACCAUUUCUCAGUUGAACUAGAUAGUCAAAAUCACUCGAGUUUUUUUAAAGGAAUAUCAUCAAAAAUAACUUCAGAUUCUAAACCAACCAGUUCUUGUGGCUUUACAACCACAUUUCCUCAUUUAAUUUUCUCCCCCUCCUCUCUCACCCCCUUCCUCUGCUGUAGGAAAGACCCACACAAAUAGGGGGAAUGAGCAGUCGGAGACAAUAGUGAAACCAACUAGAUGGGAAGUACUAUCACGUGUAGAAAGUAAACUUAUGAAAUAUCUUAUUCUCAAAUAUUGGUUCUUUUAAGUGUUACUUAUAAACAGUAUGUAAAGAAUUUUGAAAUAGUUACUUUUAAGCUAACUGUGUCUCUUUAAAACAGAAGGAACUAUAGUAAUGUCUUUUAAAAACACAUAGGAUUCAAUGGGCCAAACUUUUCUCUUAUUUACACGAUGUAAAUCUAGAUUUUCUCAGUAUAAUUGAGAACAGAUUCUGGCCCAAUUUAGCUAGUGAUUACGCAAUUUCCAGAUGUUGAGACAUAAUGGUGCCCAUUUACCUUAGCAUCUGCUAGUUUCUCCCCUCAAUAUCUCUGCCUCACUUGUUCUGUUAUGUAAACUACCUGUGUAUCUUGAUCUCACAUGUUUAACUUUGCUAUCUAGACUCCAUAUUUCCUGUUUGUAGUUUGUUGGUCCUAGUUGAUUUAGGUCUCACUACAACAGUCCUUGAUGGGUAAUAUCACAUUUCCUUAAAGUGAAUUGACCCUAAAAUCGUUCUUUUCAAUGUAUACAAAUGUGACAAACUGAAAGAGCAUGGGAAUGUGAAAUUCGCUGUCAACACAUUGUUCUUACCUAGGGCCUGGUUCUGCAAACACUGACUAGUAGUGCUUACUACUGUGAGUUCUCACUGAAAAUGAUAACCUUAAAAUAGCUGUAUCCUUCACAAUUCUGUUGAACUAGGGAAGUGUUUCCUUCUGCCUUGACCUCUCCAGGAUUGUGGUAUAUUCCAGUUCAAUGCAGAUUUAUUCAGCAGGUAUCUUUAUCCAUUUUUGACAGUAACUACAGUAGCUAUUCCCAUCUGUUUUUGCUGCAUAGAUAGAUCCAGAUUCUGAUCUCACAUUAAGGUGAACCAGAUGUUUCUCCACUGUCAGCAUUUUCCAGUGGUGUAACUUCAUUAAGGAAGUGCUCAGCUGUUAUGGUAACGGACACUAUGCUAAAAAACUACAUAGUUAAAUUGAUAAAAUCACUGAGCUCAGAAUCAGGCCCAUGGGGCUCAUUUAUGACUCCUUAGAAUAUGAACCACACUGGGACGGGGGAAGAGGCAUGCUAGCUGAGUGGCAGUGCCUGGAGGUGUUUUGCCUUUGUAAGAUAUAACGCCUCUGGGGAAACUGGGGGCAUCACAGUGAGCAGUGGGACUUGCUGCACCUUCCCCCAGCACAACAUUGGUGGAUGUCACCACAGUGGUGUUGGGGAAAUGUUCUCUGGGACCACAUACCACUGAAGACCAUUAGCUGUCUCAUCCCCUAUGUUGCUUAGCAGAGCCAAAUAAGCUAUGGCUGUCCCUUGUUUUGAAUGCGCUUGUGAGUCAAGGGAGAAGGGCUUCCUAUGUCUUCUCCUUGUGCCAGAGGAGUCACAUUUUGGUUUAUAGGUUUCUGGAAAACUGAAUAUCUGCAUUAUUAAGCUUUUAGUCAAUAUUAAAUUUUAAGAAUUGUUUAGUAUUGCUCUUGAAAAUAAAUUACUAUACCACAGGCUGCUAUAGAUGGGCAAACAAUUAUGGUCUAUGCAAACUACUUUUUCAUGGUUUAAGGUUUGUUUGUUCACUUAGAUUGUUAUGCACACAAAUGUUUCUGCUUGUAGGAUACUUUUCAUUCUUUUUUCUGAAGUGUAUAGUUCCCAUAUUGUUCAACCAAAACCAAGAAGAGCUCUGUUUAUAAUUUAUAUAUAAUCAGAAUCUGGAUAUUUUAUAUAUACCUAAUUUUAAUACUUCUCUUGUGCCCACUUGAUUUGUGAAAUGUUAGGAAAUGGAAAUACUGGCAGGUUAUAGGACAUAUAAAGACUGCCAAUGAUUUGGAACUAUCAUCAGAUUAUUGCAGAUUUAAUUCUGAAAAUUUUAACUGUAUGAUUUAACAUUUAAAUCUAUUCUGCUACUCUUUGUCAUAGAAAUAUUAGCACUUUUGUAAUAUUUCUGCAGCAGAGAAUAUUAGUGAAUAGUUUAAAGAACUUCUUUUUUAUAUUUAUAUUCUUAAAAUUCUCUUUUUGUUAUGUCUGCGCUGUAGGCAAUCUUAUGAGCAUCUUGUGUA